CCCGCGCACUGUCCGACGGGAAGUCCCAAGAUGGCCGCCUCCAUUUGAACCGCUUUCCAUUCUUUUUUCCGCCUGUGCAGCGCAUUCCAGACUCGUGUCAUCUCUCCUCAGAGUGCUUUAUGAGGAAGUUGCACUGCUGAGAGCACGAGCGGACGAUUACUUUAUAACCAGAAAUAAUGUGGAUAUUUGGAACCCAUGUCGAACAUCUAUGAAGAGAGGCAAACAAUGAUUGCAGCAGGGGAUUUGCAGGAGUUUGUUCCUUUUGGCCGUGAACAAAGCAAGUACCACCCCAAUGCUUUGAAUCUCCAGCUCCGGCAGCUGCAGCCAGCCUCUGAGCUCUGGUCAUCUGAUGGGGCUGCAGGCUUGGUGGGAUCCCUACGGGAGGUCACCAUCCACGAGAAACAAAAGGAAAGUUGGCAGCUAAGAAAAGGUGUUGGUGACCCUGGUGAAGAUGUGGAGUAUGAUGAAGAGCUGUAUGUGGCUGGAAAUGUGGUGAUCUGGAGCAAAGGGAGUAAAAUGAAUGCAUCAUCUGUGUAUAAAGCAUUCACUGUUGACAGCCCAGUUGUGCAGGCCCUCUGGUGUGACUUUACCAUACUUCGCAAUAAAUCUGAAGAUACAGAAGGCCAAGAUAAAUUGGAGAAAUGCAUCUGUAUUCUGCAGAGCUCCUGUAUCAAUGUCCAUAACACAGAAGGGAAGGAUUACAUAACACCUUUGCCUUUUCAGGUUGCAACAGUCUGGCCAACAAAAUAUGGCCUAUUAUUUGAACGUAACAGCCAAUCACAUGAGGUGCCACACAGUCCUCCUAGGGAACCUUUGCCAACUAUGUUCAGCAUGCUGCAUCCAUUAGAUGAAAUCACACCUCUAGUGUACAGAUCAGGAGGUAUAUUUGCCAGCUCUCGGGUGCAGUACGUUUCUGAUAAUGCUCUAAGGAUUGUUUUCACUUAUUCUGACCCAUCCAUUGUGAUGACCUAUGAUACAGUUCAGGGUGCACAUACAGUAUGGGCUCUGCGCAAAGUCAAAUCAGAAGAACAGACUGCAGUCUUGAAGUAUCCGGAUCAGCUGGGCACCCCACAACAUGGACUAAUGAACAGCUCUCUGACAGCUCACUUGCACAGUGUUUCUAAAGGAGAUUCACCAACAGCUUCACCUUUCCAGAACUAUUCAUCGCUUCACAGCCAAAGCCGAUCAAUAUCUUCUCCCAGCAUCCAUUCUCGUUCCCAUUCUCCUUCUAUUUCCAACAUGGCUGCUCUGAGCCGCUCCCAUUCUCCAGCUUUAGGUGUGCAGUCCUUUUCUGGUGUACACAGGUUUAAUUUCUCCAGUUACACCCCUUCUCCGAAGAGGUUAGGAGCCUCCCAUUCCCCUAACAGUACAUCCAGUGAUUACUUUACUACAGAAACAGAACCCAUUGUUCCAGAGCUCUGCCUUGACCACCUGUGGACAGAGACUAUUUCAAAUACAAGGGAAAAGAACUCGCAAGCCACUAAAGUAUUUAUCACUACUGACCUGUGUGGACAGAAGUUUCUGUGUUUCCUUUUAGAAUCCCAGCAUCAGCUUCGUAUGGUAAAGUUUGAAGAAAGCAAUGAUAAAUCACAGCUGAUCUUUGGCUCUGUCACUAAUAUCUUUGCAAAGGAUGCUGCCCCAGUGAAGAGCAUUGAUACCAUGGUGAUACUUGAGAACAAUGGGAACUUGGUUUUAUACACCGGGGCAGUUAGGGUUGGAAAGAUUUUCAUCCAAGGACUGGGUGCCCCAUCUCUUGCCAUGUCUAAUCCAAUGCCUCGCCCAAGCACCCCGCUGGAGAGUGUUAGCACGCCUACUAAGCCACUGAACAAGCAUUUGGCACCUAUGGACGAAAUGGCGGGUUUGCUUUCCCCAGUUCCUGAGCUGCGGGACUCCUCCAGGCUCCAUGAGUCUAAUUAUUUGGAUGACUGCACUUUUCAUCAUUUUGGAAUGUAUAUUCAUUCUGUUAGAGAUUCUGUACAUAACAGACUGACACUGGAACUGACAAAUGGAUCUAUGGUUCGGAUUUCCAUUCCAGACAUUGCUACCUCUGCAUUAGUUAAAAAGUGUCUGCAAGCAAUCAAAUAUAUUCUGCCAAAAGAAGUAGCUGUUCAAAUGCUGAUCAAAUGGUAUAACUGCCACAAUGCACCUGGAGGACCCAGUAAUAAUUCAGAGUGGAAUCUCUUUGUUACUAGUCUUAUGAAUAUGAUGGGUUACAACACUGAUAAACUGUCCUGGACUCAUAAUCUUGAUUUUGAAGGCUCUCUGUCUCCUGUGAUUGCUCCUAAGAAGGCCCGACCAUCGGAAACUGGUUCUGAUGAGGAUUGGGAAUACCUAUUACAUUCAGAUUACCAUCGAAUCGUUGAGCUGCAUGUCUUGGCUAAAUCUCUGCAGUUGGACACUCUAGAUGUCCCAGUAUCUAAAGACGAUAGCUCACAGGUUUUAAAUCUGGACUCAACAGCACUUCUCUUCAGCCACAUUCCAGCGGUUUUCUAUGUCCUCCAUCUGACUUAUGAGGAACUCAAACUCAACACAUUGAUGAGAGAGGGCAUCCGCUCUCUGGUGAUUCUGCUCCUGCAAUUAGCAAGGGAUUUGAAUCUACACUCCUACAUGGAUUUUUACUUCAGAGAUUUCCCAGCCUUUCUCAGGAACUCUAACCAGACUUGUCAUAUAGAGCCAACUGAGAUUGGUUUCAUGAGUUAUCCUUCAUUUUUUACUGCUGAGCCACCAAGCAUCUAUUACUGGUUGAGCUCGUGUCUGAAAGGCGAAGAGGUGGCUGCUUACCCGUAUGUACCUGGAACCUGUGAGAGAAGCAAGCUUGUAGUACUGAGUGUUGCUUUGUACAUACGUGGGGAUGAGAAUGCCAUAUCAGAUGAGUCCUCAAAAUACCUUUCCAAAAUAACAGCAGGACACAGAAAGCAGCAGGAAGAUGUCAGAAGGUGUAGUUUAAAACUGAACCCAGUGGUUUCUGAUCUUUCUGAAAAGCUGGUUGUUUGGAUGAGUAACAUAGGAUUUUCUUUACAAGAUUUAGAAUCUCUACCUUUUGGAGUUGCUCUUCCUAUUAGACAUGCAAUAUACCAGUGCCGGCAACAUCCUGCUUCUGACUGGCCAGAGUCAGUCUGCGUUCUCAUUGGACGUCAAGACCUCUCCAAACAAGCCUGUGAAGGAAACCUUCCUCAGACCAAAUCUGUGAUACCAUCUGCAGAGGUUCCCCCUGCAGGAGAGGGUGAAGAGGAAGACGAUGGAAUGAAUGACUUAAACCAGGAAGUAAUGUCAUUGAUAUGGAGUGAAGAUUUGCGUGUGCAGGAAGUACGCAGGCUUUUACAAAGUUCCCAUCCUGUACGUGUGAAUGUUGUUCAGAUGCCAGAAGUUAGUGACCAUGAGUACUUAGAGGAAAAAGAGAACAGGUUAUUACAGCUGUGUCAGAGGACCAUGGCCUUGCCAGUGGGUAGAGGGAUGUUUACGUUGUUUUCCCAUCACCCAGUCCCUACAGAACCACUACCUAUUCCUAAACUGAACCUCACAGGACGAGCUCCACCCAGAAACACAACUGUGGAUCUCAACAGUGGAAACAUUGACGUCCCACCAAACAUGGCAUGUUGGGCCAGCUUCCACAAUGGGGUGGCUGCUGGUCUGAAAAUUGCUCCAGCUUCUCAGAUAGACUCUGCUUGGAUUGUGUACAACAAGCCAAAGAAUGCUGAGCUGGCCAACGAGUAUGCUGGCUUUCUCAUGGCUUUGGGUCUCAAUGGGCACCUCACCAAACUGGCAACAUUGAACAUUCAUGAUUAUUUAACUAAGGGUCAUGAGAUGACAAGCAUUGGCCUACUGCUUGGUGUGUCAGCUGCAAAGCUCGGUACAAUGGAUAUUUCCACCACACGACUCUUAAGUAUCCACAUCCCAGCUCUAUUACCUCCUACCUCUACAGAGCUGGAUGUGCCUCAUAAUGUGCAGGUGGCAGCUGUGAUUGGCAUUGGACUGGUGUACCAGGGAACGGCGCACAGACACAUUGCUGAAGUUCUGCUUGCUGAAAUAGGUCGUCCCCCAGGGCCUGAAAUGGAGUACUGCACAGACAGAGAAUCCUAUUCCCUGGCAGCAGGCUUAGCUUUGGGCAUGGUGUGCCUUGGGCACGGAAGUAAUUUGAUUGGCAUGUCUGACCUGAAUGUUCCAGAGCAGCUCUACCAGUAUAUGGUUGGUGGACAUAAGCGAUCACACGUGGGUGUCAGCAGGGAAAAGCACAAAUCCCCUAGUUAUCAGAUUAAGGAAGGAGACACUAUUAAUGUGGAUGUCACAUGCCCUGGAGCUACCCUGGCAUUAGCUAUGAUCUACUUGAAAACCAACAACAGGUCAGUAGCAGAUUGGCUGCGGGCCCCGGACACCAUGUAUUUACUUGACUUUGUAAAGCCAGAAUUCCUUUUAUUAAGGACCCUUGCUAGAUGUCUUAUUUUGUGGGAUGACAUAUUACCCAGUGUGCAGUGGGUGAACAGCAAUGUACCACAAAUAAUCGCAGGAAACAGUGCUUCACUUCAUACUGGAGAGCAACCUGCAUCAGAAGACUUAAACAUGGAAACUCUGGCUCAAGCUUAUGUUUACAUAAUUGCUGGAGCUUGCCUGGCCUUGGGGUUUAGAUUCGCUGGAUCUACAAACUUGGAUGCUUUCAACUGCCUGUGGAAAUUUGCAAAAGACUUUGAAUGUUUAUCUGGUCAAGCAGCAAGUACAACAGGUCAUUAUAACCUGGAGACAUGUCUGAGUGUGGUGUCGUUGUCACUCGCUAUGGUAAUGGCUGGUUCUGGGAAUCUCAAAGUUCUUCAGCUGUGCCGAUUCAUGCACAAGAAAAUCGGGGGAGAGAUGAACUAUGGUUUCCACCUGGCUCACCACAUGGCCCUCGGUCUGCUGUUCCUUGGUGGUGGAAGGUAUUCAUUAAGCACCACAAAUUCUUCAAUUGCAGCUCUGCUGUGUGCUCUCUAUCCUCAUUUUCCUGUUCACAGCACAGAUAACAGGUAUCACCUUCAAGCUUUACGUCACCUCUAUGUGCUAUCUGCUGAGCCGAGGCUCUUGGUCCCUGUGGAUGUAGACACCAACACACCCUGCUAUGUACUGCUGGAGGUUACGUAUAAAGGAACUCAGUGGUACAAAGAGACAACAGAAGAACUUAUGGCACCCACGCUGCUUCCAGAGCUACAUCUUCUUAAACAGAUAAAAGUGAAGGGUCCACGCUACUGGGAGAUUGUUAUCGAUUUACGGAAAGGAACGCAACAGCUAAAUUCAAUCCUUUCUAAAGAUGGUGUUCUGUAUGUCAAGCUUCGUGCCGGACAGUUGUCCUAUAAAGAAGACCCCAUGGGCUGGAGAAGUUUACUCGCUCAGACUGUUACUCCAAGAAACUCUGAAGCUCGUACAUUUAAGCCGGAGGCCAUUUCCGCAUUCACUUCUGAUCCAGCAUUGCUGUCAUUCGCUGAAUACUUUUGCAAGCCAACAACUGAUCUGGGCAAGAAACAGGAAAUCCUGGACUUGUUUUCCUCUAUCUUGUUUGAAUGUGUAACUCAAGAGAACCCUGAGAUGCUUCCUGCCUACAUUGCGAUUGACCAGACUGUUCGAGGACUAGAGAAGUGGGAAACAACCGAGACAUUUGAACUGUGGCAGAUAAAGCUGGUUCUAGAGUUCUUCAGCUCACAGAACCUCCAGGAGAGGAUGAAGGGAAAUCCCAGUCGAAGGCUUUUCAUGAAUUCAGAGUUUCUUCCAGUGAUGAAAUGUACCAUUGAUAACACCCUAGACCAGUGGCUUCAAGGUGGAGGAGAUAUAAUUCUUCACUCUUAUUUAGCUGGUCAGCCAGUGGAAGACUCUCAGCUUAGUAUGUUGGCCUGUUUCUUGGUUUACUAUUCUGUGCCUGCUCCAAAGAUGUUCCUGGAAGCAAAGCUUGAAGGUUCAAAUAGUUUUUCUGAGCUGCUGUUGAAAUUCCAAGAUCUCAGAAUGCCAGUGAGAGCAUUACUUAGGCUUGCACCACUUCUCCUUGGAAACCCCCAGUCUAUGGUCCUCUAAGACAUCGCAGGUUGGUCACUACAUACCGAUUGAGACUAAUGUGAAUGCAAAGAGUAGUGUAUGUCAAGCACUUUCGGUAGCAGGCUUCUCCUGCUACUUAGUUUAUGGUUUUUCAAAUGGUGACAUUUUCAAGUAUAAUACUCCUACUCACCAUCGGAUGUAAACUCAUUACUCAAAAUGUGGAUGAAGAUGUUAGGCAUGUGUUGGAAUCUAAUAAAUUAAGAGGCCUCAGGAUGGGAUGCCUAUACUGGUCAUUGCAUGGACACUGAUUAUCAAAGAUGGCAGGCCUAAGUAUAGGUCUAAGAUGUAAAGGAAGAAUGUAUUUACAACAAAAGAU